UUAUUUAAAUUGUUUAAAAAUGUUUUCUCUUUUGCUCUCCCAUUCCAAGAAUGACGAUCAUCUUAACUCUUCAACCGCAGCAGUUCAUCCCGGAUACAACAACAUCACCGUUGGUUCAUCAACAUCCCCCUCCUCUAGCAGUAUUUGCUCCUCCUCAACUUCUGCCUCACAACAAUUUAACCAAUCGAAUUCUUCGAGAAGACAGAUACCUAGUAUCCGCACUUAUCCCCAACAACAACAUUAUCAAGCAAUACAUACUUAUCAAGGUGUACAUCAGCAGCAAUAUUAUAGUAACCAAAGAACGCUUGCACAAGGCCCGUUUGAUAUUAAAUUUUAAA